AUACAUGUAUGUGAUCAUUCUACUAACAUAAUUUUUCCCUAGCUAGCUCGCUAUUUCCUUAAUAUAUUUGUUAUACUAGGUUGCUAGCUAGGUCACCCACCCUAUAUCCAAUAUAGUAUCCAUGCGCCUACAAUUUGAGUGAUCGAUCAAGAUUAAUCAAGAAAGAAGAAAAUGGGGAACGAAAUGAUGGUUUUUAUGGUAAUGGUGAUUGUGCAAGUUGCGUUUGCUGGAAUGAUAAUAAUAACAAAAUUAGUGAUGGAUAGUGGCAUGAAUCCUUUCGUUCAGUCAGCAUAUAAGCCUAUUUUUGCCACCAUCUCCAUUGCUCCCUUCGCUUACUUCUUAGAGAGGAAAACUAGACCCAAGAUGACACGCUCUAUACUUUUUCAGAUAUUUUUGUGUUCUAUUUUCGGGAUAACAGCGAACCAAUAUACAUAUUUCAUUGGGUUAAAUAAUUCAACUCCAACAGUUGCUUCCGCCAUUGAUAAUCUAAUCCCAGCUUUCACUUUUAUCAUAGCCGUACCAUUGGGUGUUGAAAAAUUGGGAUUAAGAAGUAUAGCAGGACAAGCCAAGUUAUUGGGGACAAUAGUAUGUGUUGGAGGGGCAAUGCUAUUGUCAUUAUAUCAUGGAAAAGUUGUUAUUGGUCAAUUGGGAUUUCACUGGAAAUAUGAAGAGAAUACAGGCAAAGAUGUUAAUUCUUCCCAUUCCAACUUCUUUUUAGGACCAUUUUUACUUAUAAUGGCAAGUCUCACUUAUGCCAUUUGGUUAAUCAUCCAGACAAGGGUAAACGAGAAGUAUGCAGCUCCCUACACAUGCAUAACGUUGAUUUGCUUAAUGGCAAGUGUGGAGAGUGUUAUCAUUGGCUUUUGCGUCGUUCCUAAACUUUCUGAAUGGGCUUUAAAUCCCAUUAGAGCUAUCUCUGUUGUCUAUAAUGGAGUUGUGAGUACGUCAUUUGCAUAUUUCCUUAGCUCAUGGUGCAUUGAAAAAAAAGGUCCUUUAUAUGUCUCAAUGUUCAAUCCGUUACUGCUAAUCAUUUCCGCAUUUAUCAGUUGGACUUUGCUUCGUGAGAAAUUAUACCUUGGCGUAGUUGUAGGAUCGAUCAUAGUAGUGGCUGGACUUUACGGAUUUUUGUGGGGGAAAAAGAUGGAGACAGGUGAAGAGGAUAUUGAAGUAAAUAAAGAGAAGAUGAAGCAGUUGAGUAAAUCAGUUGAUUUGGAAUUGCAAUUACCCAACUCAAAUGAUCAUCAUAUAGAGUCGAAACAGAUAUCAUCAGAAUUAGCCAAAACUAAACCAUGCGAGGAUCGAUUGUCCAAGAUCGUAGAAAGAGACCACUCAACCGGCCAUUAAUUAACUACCGAUGUGGGUCUUCUCAUGUAUAUCUUUAAUUUGAAGUUUUUAAUCACAAAAUUGUAAAUAUUAUUAAUUGUUAGUUGAUAAUUGGACUUGUAAAGGUCCUCUAGCCUAUCAAGCUCCAAAUCUCCAAAAGCUCUAUACUUGUAGUCAAAAUGUUUAUAAACAAUGGUAACUGGAACAUGGAUAGACUCAGAGAGUUUCUCUCAAACCACAUCUGUGAGCAUAUUUAUAUAAUAACAAAUAAAGGAUUUU